AUGUCGAAAUCAAAAUCCGCUCCCCCUUGUCGCGAGUUAUGCGUCCGGCGGAUGCGGGAGAUUUAUGAUCUUGCCCGGAAGGCCUCGUCCGAACCGACGAUCCUAGAGAGUUUUCUUGCCCGCUAUCCGAGCGUGGCAAGAAUCGCCGAGGAUUUUGAGAACGCGCAUCUAAAGCUUAUACAAGAGACUACUGAGUUCGACGCCGAGGACGCGAUUCGGGCAGACUUCGAUAAAAUGCAUUACGCCGUGAAGGGACGGUAUCACGCGCUCACGGGCACGACGCCCGGAACCGCACAGGCUCAAUCCGCGAGCCACGCGUCGGCGAUCAAGUUACCCAAAAUUACGCUUCCGCAAUUUUCGGGCGAUCUUACGCUGUGGCCGUCUUUUAUCGCCUUGUUCAACACCUCGAUUCACGACAACCGACAGAUCUCGUCAAUAGAGAAGUAUCAAUACCUGCUGGCCUCGCUAAAAGGGAAGGCGCUCAAUGUAAUCAAGAAUUUGCCCCUCGCCGCGGAGUAUUACAUGAUUGCAUACGACGCGCUGCUCGACAGAUAUCGAAACAGAAGGAAGCUAGCGGACCACCACCUAAAGUCGAUAUGCGAAGCCAAACCGUUAAAGAUAGAAUCGGCCGAUGCCCUCCAUAAAUUAUUAGAUACGUUCACCGAAAACACUCGCGCGCUAAACCUGAUGAAGUUCCCUACCGAUUCGUGGGAUUUCCUUUUGCUCAAUUUCCUGCUCGAGAAGCUUCCCCGAUCAUUGCGGGAAAAGUUCGAAUCUGUCCAUCGGGCCGAAGAGAUACCGCGAUACGCUCAACUCAUCAAGUUUCUUUCCGAGCACUGUAAAGUACUUGAGGCCAUCUCGGGUCCGUCGACCAUGCCGUUCAAAUCACAAUCGUCCGCGUCGGCUUCGUCGCUUGCAACUCGAACCGCCGACUGUCCGGUGUGCGAGGAACAACAUCUCGUGUUUAAGUGCCCUCGAUUCUUGAAACUAUCCCCCCGAGAAAGGCAUUCAACGGCCAAAACCGCGAAUUUGUGUUUCAACUGCCUUCGCGCGGGUUAUGGCGCUAACAACUGCACAUCGACGGAGACGUGCCGGUCGUGCCAGGCAAGGCAUCAUACCCUAUUGCAUUUCGGACGGAAUUCGGGUCCAGCGGACACCCCGGAUACCGGAGCCUCCUCCGAAUCAGCCGUCGACGGGAGUUCGUCGCCACAAAAUAAUGAACCCUUCGUCACCAUGGCUAGCGUCGCGAAAUCAAGUUCGACAGUAUUAUUGUCAACGGUGCAGGCCGAAGCUCUCGACGUUCACGGAAAUCCCUUCCCUGUUCGCAUUCUUUUGGAUAGUGCCAGUCAAUUAAAUUUCAUUUCGGAAAAUUGCAUGAAAAAGGGUGGUUUCAGACGAACCAAGUGUCGUACGGUAGUUCUAGCGGUUAAUGAUACUAAGGCGGCUGCCACUCGAGGUAGCACCUCACUCGUGAUUCAAGUACAGGGUAAUGGCAAUACUCGCGUUCCGAUAGAGGCUACGAUUCUCCCACGCAUCUCCGCCCAAUUACCUAGUAGACAAGUCGAACAAAGAGCGUGGAAACACAUAGAGGGAUUAAAGCUCGCGGAUCCGCA